GGCCCGUGGCCAUGGGGCAGGAGCCGCGGACGCUGCCGCCAUCCCCCAACUGGUACUGCGGCCGCUGCAGCGACGCGGUGCCCGGGGGCCUCUUCGGCUUCGCGGCGCGGACCUCCGUGUUCCUGGUCCGCGUGGGCCCCGGCGCGGGCACCACCCCGGGGACGCCCCCGUUUCGAGUCGUAGGAGAGUUGGUGGGACACACUGAAAGGGUCUCUGGCUUCUCGUUUUCUCAUCACCCUGAUCAGUACAACCUCUGUGCCACCAGCUCGGACGAUGGGACUGUCAAAAUCUGGGAUGUAGAGACUAAAUCAGUUGUGACGGAACAUGCCCUACACCAGCAUACGAUAUCGGCAUUGCAUUGGUCUCCUCGAGUUAAGGACUUAAUCGUUUCUGGGGAUGAAAAAGGAGUCGUUUUCUGUUACUGGCUUAACAGAAAUGACAGCCAGCACCUCUUUAUAGAACCCAGGACAAUUUUCUGUCUCACUUGUUCACCUCAUCAUGAAGAUUUAGUAGCCAUUGGUUACAAAGAUGGCAUGGUGGUUAUAAUUGACAUCAGCAAGAAAGGAGAAGUCACUCACAGGCUUCGAGGCCAUGAUGAUGAAAUCCAUUCCAUAGCCUGGUGCCCCCUACCUGGUGAAGACUGUUUGUCCAUAAAUCAAGAGGAGGACUCAGAAGAAUCUGCAGUUCCUAACGGAAAGGUUAUAGCAGAAGCCCCAGUCACAAAGGGCUGCUACUUAGCUACUGGAAGCAAGGAUCAGACCAUUCGAAUCUGGAGCUGCUCCAGAGGCCGAGGAGUGAUGGUUUUGAAAUUGCCCUUUCUGAAGAGAAGAGGAGGUGGAGUGGACCCAACUGUUAAAGAGCGUCUUUGGUUGACACUGUAUUGGCCCAAGAAUCAGCCAACCCAGCUGGUAUCCAGUUGUUUUGGAGGCGAGAUGCUGCUGUGGGAUCUCACCCAGUCCUGGAGACGGAAGUACACCCUCUUCAGCCCCUCGGCAGACGGGCAGAAUCAUUCCAGAAUUGUGUUCAGUUUAUGUCCUUUGCAGACUGAGGACGGUAAACACUUGCUGCUUUCCACAUCCAUGGAUCGAGAUGUAAAAUGUUGGGACAUGGCUACGCUGGAGUGUUGCUGGACCCUGCCUUCCCUUGGUGGGUUUGCCUACAGCCUGGCAUUCUCUCCUGUGGAUAUGGGCUGCUUGGCCAUAGGCGUUGGGGACGGCAUGAUACGUGUGUGGAAUACACUCUCCAUUAAGAACAACUAUGACGUGAAAAACUUUUGGCAGGGUGUCAAGUCCAAGGUUACAGCGCUAUGCUGGCACCCAAACAAGGAAGGCUGCCUCGCUUUCGGGACAGAUGAUGGGAAAGUGGGAUUGUAUGACACCUACUCCAGCAAACCUCCACAGAUUUCUAGCACGUAUCAUAAGAAGACAGUAUACACGUUAGCUUGGGGACCACCGGUGCCCCCCAUGUCACUUGGAGGAGAAGGAGACCGGCCUUCCCUCACCUUAUACAGCUGUGGAGGGGAAGGCAUUGUGUUGCAGCAUAACCCCUGGAAACUGAGUGGAGAGGCCUUUGACAUCAACAAGCUUAUCAGGGACACCAAUUCAAUCAAAUACAAACUGCCUGUGCACACCGAGAUCAGCUGGAAAGCAGACGGCAGAGUCAUGGCUCUUGGCAAUGAAGACGGCUCUAUAGAAGUGUUCCAGGUCCCCAACCUGCGGCUGCUCUGCACCAUCCAGCAGCACCACAAGCUGGUGAAUGCCAUCGCCUGGCAUCAUGAGCAUGGCAGCCAGCCAGAGCUCAGCUGUCUGGUGGCUUCCGGCUCCAACAAUGCAGUCAUCUACGUCCACAGCCUGAAAGCUGUCCUAGAAAGCAAUCCCGAGUCUCCAGUAACCAUCACAGAGCCCUACCGGACCCUCUCAGGGCACACAGCGAAGAUCACUGGUCUGGCAUGGAGCCCACAUCAUGAUGGAAGGCUGGUGUCUGCUUCCUACGACGGCACAGCCCAGGUGUGGGAUGCUCUCCGGGAAGAGCCUCUGUACAAUUUCCGGGGACAUCGAGGCAGACUGCUUUGUGUGGCAUGGUCCCCACUGGACCCAGAUUGCAUCUACUCGGGAGCAGAUGACUUCUGUGUAUAUAGGUGGCUGGCCUCCAUGCAAAACCAUUCCCGGCCUCCUCAAGGCAAAAAAAGUAUUGAAUUGGAGAAAAAACGGCUGUCUCAACCUAAGCAAAAGCCCAAAAAGAAGAAAAAACCCACCUCCCGAGCACCCUUGAAGCAAGAGUCACCUGGCGGAAAUGAAGAUGAGAGCCCGAAGGAGAGCGAGAAAGGCGCCCCGCUGGAGAACGGUGUGUCCGACCAGGACCAGGACUGCGAGGACGACGCCCGCGAGCCAGAGCCGCCGUGCAGCCUCGCUCCUGCGCCUGCGCCUGCACCUGCGCCUGCACUUUCUGGAGAACCAGUUAUCUACACUGUAUUGUCCUCAGGCUUUGAGAAGUCAAAAAUUACUAUUAACAACAAAGUCACGGCACUGAAAAAGGAAUCACCCAAAGAGAAGACAGAAGCUUUAAUCAAGAAGAGAAAGGCUCGCUCCAUGCUUCCGCUCAGCACCAGCCUGGACCACAGGUCCAAGGAGGAGCUUCAUCGCGACUGCCUGGUGCUAGCGACUGCACAGCGCUCCACAGAACUAAAUGAAGAUGUGUCUGCUGACCUUGAGGAAAGAUUUCACCUGGGGCUUUUCACAGACAGGGCGUCGCUGUACAGAAUGAUUGAAACUGAAGGAAAAGGCCACUUGGAGAAUGGCCACCCUGAGUUAUUUCACCAGCUCAUGCUUUGGAAAGGAGAUCUGAAAGGUGUUCUCCAGACUGCAGCAGAGAGAGGAGAGCUAACAGACAACCUUGUGGCGAUGGCACCAGUAGCUGGCUACCAGGUGUGGCUGUGGGCCGUGGAGGCCUUCGCCAAGCAGCUGUGUCUCCAGGAGCAGCACGUCAAGGCCGCCUCCUACCUGCUCUACGCCCACAAGGUCUACGAGGCCGUGGAGCUGCUCAGGUGCCACCACUUCUACAGAGAAGCUAUUGCGGUUGCCAAGGCCCGGCUGCGCCCGGAAGACCCUGUCCUCAAGGACCUGUACCUCAGCUGGGGGUCCAUUCUAGAAAGAGAUGGCCAUUAUGCCUUAGCUGCCAAAUGCUACUUGGGAGCCACCUCUGCCUAUGACGCAGCCAAAGUUUUGGCCAAAAAGGGGGAUGCUACAUCGCUUAGAACAGCAGCAGAGCUGGCCACCAUCGCAGGAGAAAGUGAACUGUCUGCAUCUCUGGCUCUCAGGUGUGCCCAAGAGCUGCUUCUAGCGAAGAACUGGGUGGCAGCACAGGACGCCUUGGGCCUGCAUGACAGUCUGCAGGGCCAGAGACUAGUGUUCUGCCUUCUGGAACUCCUGUGCUGGCGACUGGAGGAGAAGCAGCCUGCGGAAGGCCGGAGCUGCUCCGCCGUUCACCACGCGUGGGCCACGCGCACCCAAGGGCCCUUCGUACAGACAGUGAUGACAGCGUGGCGAGGCGCCUUCCGCGUGGACAGCCCAGAGCAGUGCCGGGAUGCACUUCAGAAGCUGCAAGAUGUCAAGUACCCAUCGGCUACAAGUAACACUCCCUUCAGACAGCUCCUCCUUCACGUGUGCCAUGACCUGACCCUGGCAGUACUGAGCCAGCAGGCAGCCUGCUGGGACGAGGCUGUGCCCGCGCUCCUCCGGGCUGUGAUCCGGAGCUAUGACUCGGGGAACUUCACGCUCAUGCAAGAAGUCUACUCGGCCUUCCUCCCCAGCGGUUGUGAUCACCUACGAGACAAACUGGGUGACCCGUCCCCUGCCACAGCAGCUCUCAAAAGUUUAGAGGCGUUUUUCCUUUAUGGGCGAUUAUAUGAAAUCUGGUGGUCGCUCUCCAGGCCUGGCCCCGAGUCAGGAGUCUGGGUCAGGGCAGCUCACAGCACACCCUCUGUGGAGCAGAACCUGCCUGAGGACAGUGCCCAGGCUGAGGCUGCAGGUGCAGAGCCUGGGGCUGAUGAUGGGCCAGAGCCAAGCCGGCCACCCAGCCCAGGCCUAAGCCUCACUGAGGAAAGCAAGCACGUGCUGAGCGCCUGCCAGAGGCUUUUCUCAGAACAGCACGCCAGCCUUCAGAGCACCCAGAGGACAAUUGCCGGAGCGCAGGAGACGCUGGCGGAGAUGAUCCGCCAGCACCAGAAGAGUCAGCUUUGCAAGGCCGCAGCCAGCGACUCCAACAGCAAUGAGCCCAGCGUAGCAGAGCAGGCCCACUCCAGGCCUUCGAGCCCAUGCAAAGAGGAAAAAAAUGAGCCAGUAUCUCUCCUUGAAUUAACCAAAACGCUCACAGAGGCAAAUGAAAGAAUGGCUAAGUUUCCCGAGAGUAUUAAGGCCUGGCUCUUCCCAGAUGUGCUGGAGUGCUGUCUCAUCCUGCUUCACAUUGGGUCCCAGUGUCCUGGUUCUGUGAACCAGGAAACGCUGCAGCAGGCCCAAGAGCUCCUUCAGAAAUACAGCCACACGAGAGCUUACAAAAGAUACUGCCAGACCCUCCGCACAUGAACUUCUAAGGACCUGAAGAAACUGCCACGGAACACGUGACGUCUUUCAUCUCUGUGGCCACACAUACCUUGCUCAGCAUUCACCAUGGCCCCUCGAUGGAAAGUUGCUAGUGAUCAGACUGAUCUGGGUGAACCUUGACCCCACUCUGCCCUCUCAUGGGAGUCCACCUGGGGCCUCGCGGUGGCUUCAUGCUAAGGGAAAGAGUGAUGAGGAGCCAGCAGGAGUCCCUGAGAACCAGCACCCAUCGUGGCCGUGCCCUCUCAGCCUUACAGUGUCACCCAAAGAGGAGAAACUUGUAAUCACCCAAAGUGUUACGUUCUUAAACACAGGCUACCUUUAUAAAUUCUUCACCUGAUCAUAAACAUCUCAGUCUUGGAGAUACAUACAGUUGCCACAUGUGAUUGUUGGUAUUUGGAAGGUUUCUCUUAUUUUUGUUAGCUGGGUUUUCCCUCCUCUGCUCUCACAAAGACUAAAGAAAUUGGCCUUACCCA